AUGUCUGAAACUGAGCAGUUGUCUAAAAUUAAUAUGUACGACGAAUUUGAUUGUGUGAAUGAAGAAAACGAAAAUAAAAAAGUGCAAGUGAAAGAAGAAGAUUCAGAAACUGAUUACAAUGCUGUGGAAAAUGUUGAGCAAUCAGCAGGAAAUGAAUCACAGUCAUCUAAAACAGUGGUGAAAACUGAAGAACAAACUGAAUCUGCAAUUGAUAUGUACGAUGCUGAGUUUUAUGCGAUUAUGGAACGAGAUUUUUCUGCUGAAACAAAUGCCAAUGAAGCAAGUGAAGCAGUGAGUUCCAGUGAAGAACUUGACACUGAUUCGGAUGCCACUGAAAUUGAUGAGAAUGAUCAUUCAGCAGUCAGUGAGUCUCAGCAAAACACCGAACCAGUGGUCAACCGUAGCUCGAACGGUGCAUCAGGUAAACAACAGCUGAAUGGUCGUCGAAGACGAGCUAAAAACCACAAGUGUCAGCAGUGCGGCAAAAGCUUUGAUCGUCCAUCUAAUCUCAAUCGACACCAACUGGUGCACACUGGAACGCAAGCUUACAAGUGCCAAACAUGCUCAAAAUCUUUUAACAGCGCACCAGUGCCCAACAUGCUUCCAAUCGUUUGGGAAAAAGGCUAA